CCUCUGUCAGCCCAGACGCCGUCCGCUCCGCGCCACCAUGAGGGGCGUCAGCUGCCACCUCCUGCUCGUGGUGUGCAUUUUACUGAAUCUCUCAGAAGCUGGAACCCGGAAGCCAGAGAACUGUCCCAAGUGGUGCCCUGCCAACUCAGUAUGUUUCAGUAACAAACGCUGUGAAUGCAAGCCAGGCUUCAUCUCGGACAACGACAGCAAGUGGAUCACUAAUCCCUCAGAGAACUGUGAAGACAUCAACGAGUGUUUACAACCUGAAGCUUCCUGUGGACCGAAUGCCAUUUGUGAGAACUCAGAGGGGAGCUACUCCUGCAUGUGUAACCUGGGAUACAAACUCCUUUCUGGAGCAGAAUCUUUUGCUAACAGGAGUGAGAACACGUGUCAUGCAUCAGUGAACACUGGGAUGACACCUGUGCCCUCCAGGAGCCACACAGUUACUACCGCACCUGAAAAUCUUCCCGAGCAGCCAACUACAGUGCACUGGACACAGCUGGGAGACUCAGAAGAGAGGACACCCAAGGAUGUGGAUGAGUGCAGUUCUGGGCAACAUCAAUGUCACAGUUCCACCAUCUGCGAAAACACCAUAGGCUCCUACAUAUGCCACUGUCGCCCAGGUUGGAAGCAAAUUUCCGGGUCCCAAAAUGAACCAAAGAACACCAUAUGCCAAGAACCACCUUUCCCUACCUGGACACUGCUGCCCACGGCCCACAGCCAGACUCUCUCGAGAUUCUCUGUCGAAGUCAAGAAUCUGCUCAGAGACUUCAAUCCAGCCAUGGCCAACUAUACCAUCCAGAAACUCAUUGAGGCUGUGGACAAGCUGCUGGAAGCCCCCAUGGAUAUAGAGACUCAAACCCAACAAGUAGCCACCCUGUUGCUCUCGAACCUGGAACAAAGCCUUCGGACCUUGGCCCAGUUCCUACCCAAAGGUCCUUUCACCUACACGUCCCCUUCAAACACUGAACUGUCCCUGAUGGUCAAGGAGCAAGACAACAAAGAUGUUACCACAGUACACCACAACCAAGCUUGGAUGAAGCUGGACUGGGCUCUGACAUCUGGAGCCAAAAGCUCAGAAAAUGGCUACUCGGUGGCGGGCAUCCUGUCCAGUCCAAACUUGAAAAACCUGCUGGCCCAAACCUCCUUGAACCUGGAGCAGAGGAGGGCCGCUUUGGAGGACUUCUAUGGGAGCCCGGUUUCUAAUAUCACACUUAAGUUCCUUUCAAACAUCAAUUCCAUCUUUCUGACCAACACGGACACUGAGAAGCUCGCCUCGAAUGUCACAUUCAAGUUCAACUUUACUUCUGAGAAGACUAAGGCACGUCAGGAGCUGAUGUGUGCCUUCUGGAAAGACCAUGACAAUGGGAGUGGGUACUGGGACACCGACGGCUGCUUCAUGAAUGACACUGGCUUCUGCCACUGCAACCACCUGACCAGCUUUGCCAUCCUAAUGGCUCAGUACCACGUGGAGGACCCCAGGCUGAUCUUGAUCACCAAGGUGGGGUUGCUGCUGUCCCUGAUCUGCCUGCUGCUGUGCAUCCUGACCUUCCUGCUGGUGAAGCCCAUCCACAGUUCUCGGACCAUGGUGCACCUGCACCUGUGCAUCUGCCUUUUCCUGGGCUCACUCAUAUUCCUGGUUGGCGUUGAGAAUGAAGGGGGUGAGGUGAGCCUGCGCUGCCGCCUGGUGGCUGGGAUGCUGCAUUUCUGCUUCCUGGCUGCCUUCUGCUGGAUGGCACUGGAGGGCGUAGAGCUCUACUUCCUGGUGGUGCGUGUGUUCCAGGGCCAAGGCCUGAGUACGUGGUACCGCUGCCUGAUUGGCUAUGGGGUGCCCCUCCUCAUCGUGAUCAUCUCAAUGGCAGCUGUCAAAAUGGAUGGCUAUGGGCAUGCAACAUACUGCUGGUUGGACUUCAGGAAGCAUGGCUUACUCUGGAGCUUUUCGGGACCAGUGGCGUUCAUCAUUUUCUGUAAUGCUGCCAUUUUUGUGAUCACUGUCUGGAAGCUCACAAACAAGUUUUCUGAAAUCAACCCAAACAUGAAGAAAUUAAGGAAAGCUAGAGUGCUGACCAUCACAGCCAUCGCCCAGCUCCUCGUGCUGGGCUGUACCUGGGGCUUCGGCCUGUUCCUCUUCAACCCCCACAGCACAUGGCUAUCCUACAUCUUUACCCUGCUCAACUGCAUGCAGGGCCUCUUCCUCUAUGUGAUGUUCUGCCUGCUCAACAAAAAGGUGAGGGAAGAGUACUGGAAAUGGGCCUGCAUGGUUACUGGGAACAAGUACACGGAGUUCAACUCUUCCUCAACAGGCACUGGCACCAGCCAGACUCGGGCUCUCAGGCCCUCAGAAUCAGGGAUGUGAAGACAAGCUCCACGCAGGACGGCUGCACACACUCAAGGCUGUUACUCUGACUUCUGGUCCUGCUCCUGGUUGCCUCAGCCUCACCACAGUUCUUGCCUACCAGAGACAGAAGCCAGACAGUCCUGCAGCCCUCCAUCUGGGAUAUGAGGCAGGCAGUCCUAGGACCAAAGUCCUUUGAGACCUGGGCUCUUUGCCAGGGUGCUGGGUUCGGUUUCCUUAAGCUAAGAGACUGACGAUGCCGUAUCGUCCACUGAGGACCUGCCUGCUGCUGAGGCUCACGGUACAGAGGCCUGGCUGCCCCAUAUCAAGGGCAGAGGGUCUCACAAUUAAAAGACUAGUUUUGUAUUUUUUAACCUGUAAACCUUUCAAUGUUGACACACAAAAUUAAAUAUCAUACUGAUAAAAAAAAGAUGGCAUACUUGCUGGUAGAGAGGUCUGCUGGCUUGACCGACCCAUGAGAUGCUGACCCAAAGAAAGAUGGGGCUGGAGCCAGGUAUUCACAAUAAAAGUUUAUUCUUACAUA